UGGGAUAUUCUGCAGUUGCUCUUAAUCAUGUCAUCGAUUUUAAAGAAAAGAAACAGGAAAUUGUCAAGCCAGUGUCUCCUUCAGAGUUGUUUCCAUCUUUGCCUAUUGUGCAAGGGACAUCUAAAAGAAUUAGAGUCUUAACCCGGCUAACACUUGUUGUUUCUGAUCCUUCCCACUGCAAUCUCUUGAGAUCAACAUCUGCAAAUAUAAGGUUAUAUGACAUCAUAGCAGUAUUUCCGAAGACAGAGAAACUGUUCCAUAUUGCUUGCACAACUCUAGAUGUGGAUCUGGUAUGCAUAAAUGUAACAGAAAAACUGCCAUUCUACUUCCGAAGGCCCCCUGUGAAUAUGGCAAUAGAUCGAGGCAUUUACUUUGAACUUCUUUACACGCCUGCCAUCAAAGACUCCACAAUGAGAAGAUACACAAUUUCAAAUGCGAUCAGCCUGAUGCAGAUCUGCAAAGGAAAGAACAUUGUUAUUUCUAGUGCAGCUGAAAGGCCUCUAGAACUACGAGGUCCUUACGAUGUGGCUAAUCUAGGUUUGCUGUUUGGCCUGUCAGAAAGCGAAGCCAAGGCAGCCGUGUCUACCAACUGCAGAGCCACCAUGCUUCAUGGAGAAACUCGAAAGAGUGCCUGUGGGGUAGUGUACACAGUGAAGAAGCCUCGCAAGGUUGAGGAGGAAGAAACAACACUGCCAGCCUGCAAAAAAGCUAAGACUCAAGCUUGAGGACUGAACCAGUUGUCAACAGGAGCCUCCAUCCCAUCUUUACCCUGUGUUGAGUCUUCCCCCACCCUCCAGCCAGCCCAGUUCCUCCCUUACUACUUUUAUUUAGCCUGGAGAAAACUUAUUCUUCUGGUGUUCAAGUGAGGAAGGCUGUGGGAAUGAGACUGCUGAAUGGUGGUUCAUCACAUCUGAAAGGUCAUGCUGGGGUCUAGCCAAGGUCAGGAGGCUAUCUCCCACCCUGUCUUAGGUCUUCUGGAGCUACUGCAAACUCAACACAACUUUUCUAACAUACGUAAAUUUUCAGUUGUACAAGUGCAUUC